AGGCCGGAGGACGUCAGCGACGCGCGGUCGAGCCUCCAGCCCGCCCCUCGCGCGCCGGCCUCUCGCUCCCUUCGCGCGGACACGGCGGCGGUGCGGCGGCGGUUCGGCACGUUCACGCGCGCGCUGCAGCCCGCCGUCUCCUCCCAGCACAACCCGAACAUGGCGGCUCUCAAACUGCUCUCCGCCUGGCCCCAGCUCUGCGCCUCCGCCUGCCGCCCCGGCGGCGUCUGGUCCAAGGGAUGUGUCGGCUACUUUUCAACCAGCACACAUCGCCAUACCAAAUUUUAUACAGAUCCGGUAGAAGCUGUAAAAGACAUCCCUGAUGGCGCAACAAUACUGGUUGGUGGUUUUGGGUUAUGUGGAAUUCCAGAGAACCUUAUAGGAGCUUUACUAAAGACUGGAGUAAAAGGGCUGACUGCAGUCAGCAACAAUGCAGGGGUUGACAACUUUGGCUUGGGCCUUUUACUCCGAUCCAAGCAGAUAAAACGCAUGGUGUCUUCCUAUGUGGGGGAAAAUGCAGAAUUUGAACGGCAGUACUUGAGUGGUGAAUUAGAAGUAGAACUGACACCUCAGGGCACACUUGCAGAGCGGAUUCGUGCUGGUGGGGCUGGAGUUCCUGCAUUUUACACCAGCACCGGGUAUGGGACCCUGGUGCAACAAGGAGGGUCACCGAUCAAAUACAACAAAGAUGGCAGCAUUGCCAUUGCCAGUAAGCCGAGAGAGGUGAGGGAGUUUAAUGGCCAGCAUUUUAUUUUGGAGGAAGCAAUUACAGGAGAUUUUGCUCUGGUGAAAGCCUGGAAGGCAGACCAAGCAGGAAACGUGAUUUUCAGGAAAAGUGCAAGGAAUUUCAAUUUGCCGAUGUGCAAAGCUGCAGGCACCACAGUGGUGGAGGUUGAAGAAAUUGUAGAUAUUGGAUCAUUUGCCCCAGAAGAUAUCCAUAUUCCUAAGAUUUAUGUACAUCGCCUUAUAAAGGGAGAAAAAUAUGAGAAAAGAAUUGAGCGUUUAUCAAUCCGGAAAGAGGAAGAUGUAAAAACCAAAUCUAGUAAACCUGGAGAUAAUGUAAGGGAACGUAUCAUCAAGCGGGCAGCUCUUGAAUUUGAAGAUGGCAUGUAUGCUAAUUUGGGCAUAGGAAUCCCACUUCUGGCCAGCAACUUCAUCAGCCCAAAUAUCACAGUUCAUCUGCAAAGUGAAAAUGGAAUCCUGGGUUUGGGCCCAUAUCCGUCACAAAAUGAAGUCGAUGCAGAUCUAAUCAAUGCAGGCAAGGAAACAGUUACUGUUCUUCCAGGAGCUUCUUACUUCUCCAGCGAUGAGUCAUUUGCAAUGAUUAGAGGGGGCCAUGUCAAUCUAACAAUGCUGGGAGCAAUGCAGGUUUCCAAAUAUGGCGACCUCGCUAACUGGAUGAUACCCGGGAAGAUGGUGAAAGGAAUGGGAGGGGCUAUGGAUCUAGUGUCCAGUGCUAAGACCAAAGUGGUGGUCACCAUGGAACAUUCUGCAAAGGGAAAUACACAUAAAAUCAUGGAGAAAUGUACAUUGCCACUGACUGGAAAGCAAUGCGUCAACCGCAUCAUUACUGAAAAGGCUGUGUUUGACGUGGACAGCAAGAAAGGACUGACUCUGAUUGAACUCUGGGAAGGCCUGACCGUGGAUGACAUCAAAAAGAGCACUGGGUGUGAUUUUGCAGUUUCACCAAAACUCAUGCCAAUGCAGCAGAUCACAACUUGAAAUGUGGAAUAGAAAUUUGUCCCAGGUUGUAUGUUUCUCAUUUUAACCACAUAGGAGUUCAUUGAAAGGAUAUCAGUAAUCACAAUUGUAUAUCUAAUUAGCAGUUUUGACUAGUUUUCUUCCAGCAUCUUAUACUGUAUGCAGCCAUAUAGACUCUGUUCUCUCAAGAGUACUAUAAGAUUUUAAUAUAUAAAUGAUUGUCUUAUUUGUUUUAUAAUUGCUUAGAAGGCGUAUCUUUACAAUUGGUGCUCACAUUGGAUUUAUAUUUACCUCCUGUGAUAUGUACACAAAAUUGUACCAAGAUGGGCCCUUAGGGAGACUUUCAUUGAUGUUCUGUCCCUCGUAUAAAUCAUGACAGCUAGAAAAAAAGAAUGAGGGAGAAAAAGAACUCCACCCAGAGUAUACCCAAGGCAGCAUUGCACUAGUCCUGAACAAUAUUCUGUGUGAAUUUUGAGUAGGAGAAAUGCUGUCUUACUGAUUAUGUUUUUCUUUUGGCCUCCUCUGACUUUUCUUUUAGAGCCUCUGAUUUUGUGAUUGCAUCUUGUUUCCCUAAAGCAUCCCUUCUCCUCCCAUACUUUCCAUGACUAAAUAGACAUUCAGUAAGCAAGCAAGAACAUCUCUUUUUGAGAUAAGUAAUUGGUUCAUGGGAGAGACCAAAGGGUGUAAGUUCUCCUGGUGCUGAUAUCUCACCAAGAAGUUGCCUUUAUGAACCUGCCAACCAUCUGUGCUUUACCAAAGGCUGAGGUUUAUUAUGAGAAGAGGGCUAUAAGCCUAACUGAUAGGGUCAAGUUUCUGAUUUUAAAACAGUGCAGUAUUUCUGUAUUAAGGAUCCAGAGGAGUCCUUAAGAAGCUUUCUCUAUGUGGUUGAGGUACAGUAGGCUACUCUUACAAGACCUCCUUUUAAGCCAUGAAGUGCUAUGGGAUAAUUUAUCAUGAAUCCAGUCACAGUGACAACAGAGUUUAAAAUAUUUUUUUCUUUCUUUUCAGGCUCUCUUAUUUCUGUCCAGAAAAAUUCCUUUUUUUAAAAAAAUUUUUUUUAAUGUUUAUUUUUCAGAGAGACAGAGAGACUGAGAGCACAGCAGGGGA